AUGCGCUCUUGGCAAACCUACCUGCUCCUGCUGGCGGCGCUGCCGGCUUGCCUGCCGGCCAGGCAGGCACGAAGCGUCUACUACACCAACCAUUGGGCCGUGCGGGUGUUGGGGGGGCCAGGCGAAGCGGACCGGCUGGCUUCGGCUUACGGUUACCUGAACCUCGGGCAGGUUGGGAGCUUGGAAGACUAUUAUCAUUUCCAUCACAGCAAGACCAUUAAAAGAUCAACGUUCAGCAGCAGGGGUCCACACAGCUUCCUCAGAAUGGAUCCCAAGCAUUGCGAAGACAACAACAGCCAAUGCAGGUCCGAAAUGAAUGUUCUGGGAGCUUGGCAAAGAGGAUACACCGGCAAAGGUGUCGUAGUGACUAUCCUUGAUGAUGGCAUAGAGAGGAAUCACCCCGAUCUUGUACAGAACUAUGACCCCCAUGCAAGCUAUGAUGUCAAUGGAAAUGAUGAAGAUCCAACUCCGCGCUAUGAUCCAAGCAAUGAAAAUAAACUAAGAGCUACUGCUGCUCUGGGGAUUGUUUUUACUGAUGAAUGA